AUGUCGCGGCAUAAAGAGGCCGUUUUACUCACCACCCAAGCUACGCCACUGGCUAAACCAGUACCCACCACCCUAGCUACGCCACUGACUAAACCAGUACCCACCACACUAGCCACGCCACUGACUAAACAAGUACCCACCACCCUAGCUAAGCCACUAACUAAAUCAGUACCCACCACUCUAGCUACGUCACUGAGUAAACCAGUAUCCACCACCCUAGUUACGCCACUGACUAAAAUAGUACUCACCACCAUAGCUACAACACUGACUAAACAAGUACCCACCACCCUAGCUAAGCCACUGACUAAAUCAGUACCCACCACCUUAGUCACGCCACUGGCUAAACCAGUACAAACCAUCCUAGCUAAGCCACUGACUAAACCAGUACCCACCACACUAGCGACGCCACUGACUAAACAAGUACCCACCACCCUAGCUAAGCCACUGACUAAAUCAGUACCCACCACCUUAGCCUCGCCACUGACUAAACCAGUACCAACCACCCUAUCUAAGCCACUGACUAAAUCAGUACCCACCACUCUAGCUACGCCACUAACUAAACCAGUACCCACCACCCUAGCUACGCCACUGACUAAACCAGCACCAACCACUCUAGCUACGCCACUGACUAAACCAGUACCCACCACUCUAGCUACGCCACUGACUAAACCAGUACCCACCACCCUAGCUACGCCACUGACUAAACCAGCACCAACCACUCUAGCUACGCCACUGACUAAACCAGCACCAACCACUCUAGCUACGCCACUGACUAAACCAGUACCCACCACCCUAGCUACGCCACUGACUAAAUCAGUACCCACCACCCUAGCUACGCCACUGACUAAACCAGUACCCACCACCCUAGCUACGCCACUGACUAAACCAGCACCAACCACUCUAGCUACGCCACUGACUAAACCAGUACCCACCACCCUAGCUACGCCACUGACUAAAUCAGUACCCACCACCCUAGCUACGCCACUGACUAAACCAGUACCCACCACCCUAGCUACGCCACUGACUAAACCAGUACCCACCACCCUAGCUACGCCACUGACUAAAUCAGUACCCACCACCCUAGCUACGCCACUGACUAAAUCAGUACCCACCACCCUAGCUACGCCACUGACUAAAUCAGUACCCACCACCCUAGCUACGCCACUGACUAAAUCAGUACCCACCACCCUAGCUACGCCACUGACUAAACCAGCACCAACCACUCUAGCUACGCCACUGACUAAAUCAGUACCCACCACACUAGCUACGCCACUGACUAAACCAGUACCCACCACCCUAGCUACGCCACUGACUAAACCAGUACCCACCACUCUAGCUACGCCACUGACUAAACCAGUACCCACCACUCUAGCUACGCCACUGACUAAACCAGUACCCACCACUCUAGCUACGCCACUGACUAAACCAGUACCCACCACCCUAGCUACGCCACUGACUAAAUCAGUACCCACCACCCUAGCUACGCCACUGACUAAAUCAGUACCCACCACCCUAGCUACGCCACUGACUAAAUCAGUACCCACCACCCUAGCUACGCCACUGACUAAACCAGCACCAACCACUCUAGCUACGCCACUGACUAAAUCAGUACCCACCACACUAGCUACGCCACUGACUAAACCAGUACCCACCACCCUAGCUACGCCACUGACUAAAUCAGUACCCACCACCCUAGCUACGCCACUGACUAAACCAGUACCCACCACUCUAGCUACGCCACUGACUAAACCAGUACCCACCACUCUAGCUACGCCACUGACUAAACCAGUACCCACCACUCUAGUUACGCCACUGUAG